AUGCCAAAAAAGCCACUUCUUCAUGUUCUUUCUUCCAAGCAAGUCGCCCAAAUCAAAGCCCAUGUUCUUAAAUCUUCAAGACCACAUGAACUCAAUGAACUUCUUGAUUCAUUCGUGAAAUCACACACCCCACAACAUGCUUUUGUUCUCUACAAUCAAAUGCUCCAAAACCCAAAUACCCACAACCAUUUUAGCUUCAAUUAUGCACUCAAAGCCUGUUGCUUGACGAAUUCCUUCAAUAAAGGUCGAGAAAUCCAUGCCCGUGUAGUAAAAUCCGGUCAUCUUGCUCAUACUUAUAUCCAGAAUUCGUUCGUCCAUUUCUAUGUUAUUCGGAACGAUAUCGUUUACGCUAAUAGGGUUUUUCGUACAAUUGCUUAUCCUAAUGUGGUUUCAUGGACUUCGAUCAUUUCUGGGUUUUCGAAAUGUGGGUUUGUUGAUGAUGCCGUUGCUAUGUUUUCUUUGAUGGAUGUAGAUCCUAAUGCUAAUACCCUUGUUAGUGUUUUAUCUGCUUGUUCAAGUGUAAGAUCGUUGAAGCUUGGGAAAUCUGUUCAUUGCUAUGGAUUGAAGAGUUUCGAUCAAGGAAAUGUAAUAUUUGAUAAUGCAUUAUUGCAUUUUUAUGUAAAAGUCGGGGAUUUGGAGAAUGCCCAACGCCUGUUCGAUGAAAUGCCUAAGAGAGAUGUGGUUUCUUGGAGCACAAUGGUGGGUGGUUUUGUGGAAUGGGGUUUUUGUGAAACAGCAAUUAAUGUUUUCAACGAGAUGGUGAAAGGAGGAGAAGUUAACCCGAAUGUGGCCACCAUAGUCAAUCUCUUGGCCGCGUGUGCUUCACUCGGGUCGUUGAGUUUGUGCGAGUGGGUGCACUCUUAUGUUCAUGGAAGACACGAUAUACCAGUCGACGGAAACAUAGGUAACGCUUUGGUUAACUCGUAUGUCAAAUGCGGCAACAUCAGUAAGGCAAUUCGCGUUUUCAAAACACUUAGAUUAAAGGAUAAAGUCUCUUGGAGCACCAUGAUUAGUGGGGUUGCGAUGAACGGCCUUGGCCAUCACGCUUUACCACUCUUCAGUCUCAUGUUGGUUAACGGGGUUGCACCAGAUGAUGUUACGUUUAUCGGUUUGUUAACCGCAUGCAGUCAUGCUGGGCUAGUUGAUGAAGGGUUGAUGGUGUUCAAGGCCAUGGUUAAUGCAUAUGGCAUCACACCUCACAAACAGCAUUAUGGUUGUGUCGUGGACUUAUAUGCACGAGGCGGACGCUUCAGAGAAGCAGAGGAUUUCAUUAGGGGUAUGGUUGUAGAACCAGAUGCCCCGGUUUGGGGUGCGUUGGUUAGUGGUUGUAGGGUUCAUGGGAAUGAAGUUAUACUUAAGCGGGUUGGUCAGGCGGUUGUAGAUAGAGGUGCGAGUGGUGGAACCUUGGCUUCGGUGUCAAAUAGUUAUGCAGGUUCGAGUAGAUGGGAUGAGUCGAUUGAGAUUCGAAAGACAAUUGGUUGUUUAGGCUUGAAAAAGAUGGCUGGUUGUAGCUGGAUUGAGCUUGAUGAAUGAGAUAAGUA